AAGGUAAUCCACUCCACAGUCUCAACUCCUCUGCCUCUCCACUCCACAGACCCUCCAAAAACCCUUGUCGCCGUCCACGGCGGCGCACUUCUCAUUUCUUCCUCAUCCCUCGGUGAACCACCACCGAUGGCAUCUACACCGGCAUCAGAACUCUCCGAUGGACCAGUACUCAGCGUGAUCAACAAGCGCCUCCGUGCUCUUCGCAAGAAAUACAACCGCAUUGUCCAAAUGGAAGAAUCUCUAUCCAAAGGCAAAACCCUCAACAAAGAACAAGAGGAAACUUUCCGCUCCAAAUCCGCUGUUCUCGCCGGCAUUGACGAGCUCGAGAAGCUUCGUCAGCCACUCGCUGCAGCCGUCGCUGAAGAAAUCAACCUCGCCGUUGAACAACAACGCCAAGUUCCUCCGUCAGAAUCCGCCGCCGAUACGCCUAUUGAUGAUUCUAACAUCAAAGGAGAAUGUGUUGAGGAUUUACUUAAUCUGUUGUACUUUGGUAGCAUGUUUGACGUGAAGUCGUUGCAGCAGAGUGAUUUAACCGCGACGAUGCUGACGAGGACUAUGGAGAGGGCGUGUUGUUUGAGCUACGACUGUAUGCCGGAGGAUGAAUCGACUGACGACGUGAUGGAUCUGUUAGGCGAUAGAGAUUUGGAUUUGAUUUCGAUGCUUAGCGGUUUGCUUGUUUCACGCCCUGUUAACUCUCCCUUGUCACACAAGCACGCUCUUCAGAAAUGUACUGAGCAUGCUAAGCUAUGGCUUUCGAAGUCUGAUCAGCCCAUCGAACCCAAUUCCGAUGCUACUUAUGCGGGGCUGAGAUCAAAGCUGGACAAGAUCAUUGGUUCACUAUAUUUUACCACAGACCCUGUUAAAGUGGAGGCAACUGCUGGUAAAUAUGGGUCUUAUCCUGUGCCAGUAGAAGAGCAUGUGGAGGUUGUGCCUGUCGACGUACCACUGCAAGCGGAAAAUCCAAAUGUGCAGUAUGAGCAGAAGGAGGAAGAUGCUGCAAGUUCUCAAGCAGUUGAAAGUAACGAAAUUCACGCUAGCAAUGUGGAACUGCAGCAGGGGGAGCAGGGUGACAACAUUUCUGAACAAUUUGCUGAACCAGAAGAAGUCACACCUGAUGCUGAAGGUGUUGAUAAUUUGAAGGAUGCAGAUUUCAAUCGGCAACAAUCUGUUCCCCAGAGGUCUUAUCAGAGCUACAGGGGUAGUCGUGGUGGGGGUGGGGGUGGCCGUCGUGGAAACUCCAAUGGCCGCGGAGGACGUGGCAGGGGAGGGUCCUACCAGAACGGCCGCAGUCAAUACUAUGACCAAUCUGGUAAUUACCACCAGAGGAACCAUUUUAAUAACUAUAGGGGAAGGGGUGGCAGGGGUACAGGUGGUGGCGGGAGUUACAAUCAUUAUGCUUCAGGUGAUCAUGCAGGCAGUUUCUCUGCUGAAGUAUGACCAUGUUUAGGUGGUUAUACAAUUUCUUUUGCUAGCUUCGUGGAGGUGGUCAAGCUGUUUCCCUUUACAUGGAAUCACAAAAGUGUUUUCUGCUUGCUUGUGCAUCAUCCUGGAACGCUUUUUGUAGCUGAAAGAAUUGGGAAAUCUUAUUACCUAAAAAAGAACUGGGAAAUCUUAUUGUCAAUUUGAGAAAGAAUAGAGCCAUUGUAGCUUCUUCAAAGAUCAUUACUUGCAGAUCGUUUUUGGUUCUGAACGUUCUUAGCAUUUGCUAGUUUUAUCUUGCGGCUUCUGAUAUUAAAUGUGAAGGUGCUAUUUGCUGA